AUCAUCGUCAUCAUCACCACCACCAUCAUCCCCUUCUCCUCGGCGACACCGACCUCCUGCUCGUCCCAGCCAGGCCCGCGCCAUGGACGGCCGAGCCCGGCCUGUAAGCUCGGAACCUCGGCGCUUGCGGUUCUGCCAGAGCGGCGCGUGCUCGUGAGGCUCGUGACAGAGAGGGCGACGAAGAUGCUGGGCUAGAGGAGACAAAGACGGAGCGCGUGCAAGAGAGAGAGAGAGAUACGGAGGGGGGAGAGAGAGAGAGAGAGAGGCGCCAUUGUCUGCAUUGGUUCUGUAAAACAUCACAUGAUCAUGUUCGUGUGUCGACUGCUGCUCGUGGCCCAACUGCUCGGUUCGGCCCAGGUGAUUCCCGCCUUCCAGGUGAGUCUGAGUGACGAAGGUCUGAUUGCGGCGACGCUGGAGACUUCAGACCUUCAAGAGAACGUCACGGCGUACGCGGUUCAGGUCUCUGGUGAGCCGCGGCCCAACGUGCUGCAGUUUGUGGGUCCGGGCGAGCCGUUGCUGUUCAACACCUCCUUUCACGGCCUGUGCUACAACGUGGCUCUGCUGGUCAGACAGGGGGCGCAGUGGUCCCGACCCGUCGACAGCGUGUCCGUCCUGACCAAGCCGCUCCCGGUCAGCAGUGUUCAGAUAUCGGACUACAGGGAUUCCCCAGAGACGGGCGUGGUCUUUGACAUGGACACUCCAGCCGGGAACGUCUUUAGCAGAGUCAACAUCAGCUACAGCGAGGGAGGAGAGAUGCACUCCAUGCUCUACAAAGAUUUCUACAAUGGGAAAACCGUCUUCAAGCACUGGUUGCCGGGCGUGUGUUACCGCAACAUCACCUUCCAGCUAAUCUCGGAGGCCAGCGCCUAUCAGAGUAUUCUGAGGACCCAGAGUGACGUCACACAGACGCCUCUGCACCACAGGACGGUGCCGUAUCCUCCCUUCAACAUAUCGUGGAAGAUUGUCGACCUGAGCCAGCGGGGAGCGCCGGGCGAGGCGGCUGACGGACAGCAGGAAAGCCAGCGAGCUGCCCGAGAGUCCCGGGACGUCUCGCUGAUGGAAGAGGACGGGGGCGAGGGCGAGGAGAAGCAGCCGGUCGCCUCCACUGAGCAGCCUUCAUACAACUUGACCAGCACCCACGCCACAGACCCGAGCACAAGUGAGGCCGCAGACGCUCAGAACUACUGGCUGGACUCGACAGAGCCCCCUGCUGACAGGGAGGAUGAAUUUGUCAACGCUGAAGUGCAUGAGUACGAGGACUCCAACGAUGCAGGAUCAGCUAUGGGUCUCCCUGCAGAGUCUUUAGUCCUGCCCACUAAACUGCCCCCCAUCUUGCUUGAGGUGCGCUGGCUACCCCCCCGCGCGCCCACCAGCUACGACGGCUUUAACGUCUACGUCCACAGAGACGGUAAUGCUACGCAAACGGCCUCCGUGGACGGAAGCACACGCGACUUCUUCACCGAGCUAACGGAGUCGGGAACGUAUCGAGUCAGAGUCACCUCGCUUAGCACGUCAGGAGACUGCGAGGCCAGAGAGAGCGCCAACGCCGCCUUUACCUUCUACCUCAACGCUAAUGGUGAACUUCUGGAGGACCUGCGCCAGCGCCCGCGCGCCGUUAACGUCCGCUUACUGGACUCCAGCACCGCCGCCGUGUCCUGGGCUCCGUCCUCAGAGAGCCACAUCGGCAGCGUGGUGUCUGUGGUGUCCACAACAUGCCUCAAGCCCAGCAUCAGCCAGAGAAUGGAGACCACCUACUGCAGCGAGGAAAACUCCACCAGUGACAUCAUCACCAACCUGACGCCGGGGGCUCAGUACAGAGUGGUGGUCUACCACACCAACGGCCCCCUUGUCAGUCCUCCUUCGGAGCCCGUAAUCAUCGAUAUAGAGCCCACCGGCAUUCAAGAGCUCGCCGUUUACCCACUGAGCCCCACGGCGGUCAUCUUAAGCUGGCAGCGUCCGUAUCCUGUGUCGUUCAGGAAGUACGUCCUCCAGACUUUCUUCUUCAACCCCGUCACUCUGACCUCAGAGUGGACCACCUACUACGAGAUCGCCGCCACCGCCUCAGUGAUCGCCUCAGUGAGGGUGACGGAUCUGCUACCAGCUUGGUUUUACAACUUCCGUGUUGCCAUGGUGACAUGGGGAGACCCGCCCCUCAGGUGCUGCGACGUCUCCACUAUCAGCUUCGUGACAGCUCCAGAAGCGCCGCACAUUUCCACGGUGGAUUACUCGCACGGCGUCUUGUACGUUCGCUGGACCUACGGCGAAGACUUCAUCGACUUAUCACACUCCCGAAUCACACACUGGCAGGUAGUGGCGGUCGGCAAGAAAGGACCUGAGAGGAGCUACUCUGUUGACGUGACUCGUAACGCGAUGCGGGCGAGCCUCCCUCUGCCGCCAGGAGACAUCUACAACCUGACGGUGACGGCGUGCACGGAGCGCAGCAGGAACACUUCCUUUCCCAACAUCAUCAAACUGGAGCCAGCGCCUCCCAGGUCUUUGUACGCGAUCAACGCCACGCACUCGUCGGUGACCCUGCUGUGGAGCGAGGACGGCGUGGCGGAUCACUACCAGGUUGUCUGCAGAGCCGACAAAGCUGGCAAGCAAGUGAAGGCUGGAGACCCUCAGGUGUCCAGCUCUCAUGUGGUGACAGUUUCAGGUCUGAUGCCUUCGUCCAGCUACAACUGCGGCAUCACCAGCUUCAGCUACAGCACCCCCAGCAAACCCGUCCACAUCAUCAUCACAACCACAGCUAAAGAGAUGAACCCCAGUGUCGCCGCCAUCUCAGCCCUCGCCGUACUCACCAUCCUGCUCAUCAGCCUGCUGGUUCUCUUCCUUCUGGUUCUACGCAAGAAGCACCUGCAGAUGAGCAGAGAGUGCGGUGCGGAGGCCUUUGUGAAUUUCGCCUCUUUUGAUAGAGACGGGAAGCUCCCUUACAACUGGCGAAGAAGCCUCUUUGCCUUCCUUACGCUACUGCCAUCCUGCCUUUGGACUGACUAUCUUUUGGCUUUUUAUAUUAAUCCCUGGGGCAAGACUGCUUUAAAGAAACGGAAGCUAACAAGUCUCGUGCAGCUGGACGACUUUGACGCCUACUUCAAAGAAAUGGGCAAAGACUCAGCGUACAAGUUCUCUCUGCAGUUUGAGGAGCUAAAGAGUGUCGGACUGGAUCUUUCCCAUGACGCAGCAGACCUGCCCGUCAACAGGCCCAAAAACCGUUACACCAACAUCCUCCCCUACGACUUCAGUCGAGUGAAGCUGAUGUCCUUGCACAACGAUGAAGGCGCAGACUACAUCAACGCCAACUACAUUCCCGGCUACAAACAUCCGAAGGAGUACAUCGCCACCCAGGGUCCGCUGCCAGAGACCCGCAAUGACUUUUGGAGGAUGGUUCUUCAGGAGAAGUCCCCCAUAGUGGUCAUGCUGACACAGUGCAACGAGCGGCGGAGGGUGAAGUGCGACCACUACUGGCCGUUCACCGAUGAGCCCGUUAUGUACGGCGAGAUCAGCGUGGAGAUGCUCUCGGAAAGCGAAUCGCCAGAGUGGACCAUCAGGAAGUUCAGGCUGGGAUACGCGGAUGAGACUCAAGAUAUCCUCCACCUCAACUACACAUCGUGGCCAGAUCACGGCGUUCCCACGGUCAAUGCCAUUGAAAGCAUCCUGCAGUUUGUCCACAUUGUCCGUCAGCAGGCAAACAGGACAAAGGACCCUGUUAUCGUCCACUGCAGUGCUGGCGUGGGCAGGACCGGGACCUUCAUCGCUCUGGACCGCCUCAUGCAGCACAUCAGAGAACACGAGUUCGUGGACAUCCUGGGAAUGGUGUCCGAGAUGCGCUCGCACCGUCUCUCCAUGGUGCAGACUGAGGAACAAUUCGUCUUCAUCCAUCAGUGUGUCCUGCUCAUGUGGCAGAAGAAGAAGCAGCAGUCCGUCGCCACCGACGUCAUCUACGAGAACGCCAGCAAAACAUAAUGGCGGCACAUGCUGUGGACGUGCGUCAUCGUCAGUUAGAUCUUCAAACACAAGAGACAAGUUCUGCCUUAAGGAGCCGUCACAGAUUGUCCAUCAACGCCUGCCCCCUUAACGAGCUGUCCAGUGAGUGGAUGUUUACACGGGGUCGUCCUCCUUCAAAUGACAAGAGGGGACGAGCCGCUGGAGGACAGUCAGACGAUUUUUUUCCCCUUCCUUUAUUUUUCACACUCAGGAGAGUCUGAAAAAGUGGUGCGCAGUCAAGCCUUCUCGCCACUUUCCUGUAGCACUAACACGUACCUUCAUAUGGAGCCUACACACAGGAACGCCAUGCACAAGCCCCGCCCACUCUUCGAGUACAUCAAACAGAGAGCUGUUACUAAUACUCCUAACUUCACAGGAUGUUUGCUGUUCACACUUAUCAAAAAGGGAACAAAACAAGGCGACAUGUUGGAUCGAAAAGAUGACGACAAAAUAUCUUUAAAAACGUUUGCAGUCGCUCACGUUACUUAAAAUAAACAUUUUGCAUUAUGAUCCGUCACUAAUGUACUUCCUGGAAUUCAGGAAAUAAAAUCGGAAUUGUCGGAACUUUUUACUCACAUUUGAUUAAGAAUAGGAGGAUUUAUAGUGCUUGCAGUAUUGAUAGCGUUGGCACGGCCCACCUCAUUCGACUCCUGACACAGACAGUUCGCUUAUGUGAUGUCAAAAUAAGAGCGUAGUAAAAGUGUUGCCAAAACAUUCAAUUUUAUAUGUGCAAACAUCUCGAAAUAUGCAUGAUUGACAUGCUUUCACUGCUCUGAUUUGACAUUUUGAUGUGAAAAGAGGAGUUUGGACUUUGGCGACACCUGGCGGACAUGUUAAAAACUUCACAAUUGAAAUGGAUGUGUGAAGUCAGAGGGGUCAAAUAAGGUUCUGCUUGCUCUGACAUGGGAUCAUAGGUCAUGAUGUCCACGUGGCCAAAAGUUGUGUAAAUAUUUUGAGUGCAUUGCUACUGUUUUUACUUGUCGUUCGUGCGAAAGACACUUUUUUAAAACAUCUUGUGUAAAAUGUUCAUUUCCCGAUCCACACGUUCUCUCAGCCCCGCUCAAACGCACUUUGCUACGACUGAAGCUCAGCACUGUAGACUUGUGUUGUCAUUGGUGCCAUUCUUGUAAUUGUGUCACUUUGAAGGAUGUGUGUAUGUGUGUGUGUGUGAGAGAGAAAGAACAAAAUAAAUGUGUCAUCUGA